AUGACAUCAUCUCAUGGUUUUCAUCCCUAUCACUUAGUAGAUAUAAGGCCUUGACCUUUAACUGGCUCAAUUAGAGCUAUGAUAUUAACUACAGGUUUAAUUAAAUGAUUCCACCAAUAUAAUAUAAAUCUCCUAUUAUUAAGAUUUAUUGCUAUUCUUUUAACAAUAUACCAAUGAUGACGAGAUGUAACUCGGGAAGGAACUUUUCAAGGGCUUCAUACUUCUGUAGUAGUCAAAGGAUUACGAUGAGGUAUAAUUCUAUUUAUUGCCUCUGAAGUUCUUUUUUUCUUUUCAUUCUUUUGAGCUUUCUUUCAUAGAAGAUUAGCCCCAACUGUUGAAAUUGGGAUAAACUGGCCUCCCUUUGGUAUCCAACCAUUUAAUCCAUUUCAAAUUCCCCUUCUUAAUACAACUAUUCUCCUAUCUUCUGGAGCAACUGUAACCUGAGCCCAUCAUGCUAUUAUAGAAUCUAAUCAUAGUCAAGCUAUCCAAAGUUUAGGUUUAACAAUUAUUUUAGGAAUUUAUUUUUCUCUCCUCCAAGCCUUUGAAUACUUUGAAGCUCCAUUUACUAUUGCAGACUCAGUUUUUGGUUCUACUUUUUUUGUGGCUACAGGUUUUCAUGGUCUUCAUGUUAUCAUUGGUUCAUCAUUUUUACUUAUUUGCUUUUUUCGUCUUUAUUUUUGUCAUUUUUCAUCUAACCAUCAUGUUGGAUUUGAGGCAGCUGCAUGGUAUUGACAUUUUGUAGAUGUAGUUUGAUUGUUCCUUUAUAUCUUUAUCUACUGAUGAGGAGGAUA